CGCCCUGUCGGGGUUGAAUGACUUCGCUCUUAUCUUCUAUGUGCUCGGCACUUUCGGGUUUCUUGCUUCCACCGUGUUGACUGUGAUCAUGCUGCUGUGUUUGGGAGAGGUCUCUACAGAUAGUGGCUGCGAAGAGUUCUUGCGACGCACGGGCAAGGGAACGAGAGCGCCGUAUCUCUUAUUCAUGACCGGGUGCGCCUUUGCUGUUCCUGCCGCUGUGCGCUAUGCGGUGAGCAGCAAGACGCUUCCAGGCCUCAUAUUGCUGGGCAUUGUGAUCGGCUUAAUGUCCUUUGUGGUGAUCGGCUUUUCCUACGUUUACGUAGCGAGUUGUGUCUGCGCACACAAUCGAAUCAACGAAUUUGGGGAGCUGAGCCUGUCCAAUAAUGACGCACAGCAAGACGUUGAGGCAUGGUUUGAGAAGAAUGGAGAAGAUGGUGGUUCUGUGCAAGAGUGCCUGCAAGAUUUGGCCGGGAUUCUGGUCGACAAAACCCAGAACAGUGAGUUGAUCAUCAACCUCAACACCUUGUCGCGACAGCGUGUAGCAAUGCACUACCACAAGCUCAGAGCUGAGAGUGUCGGCAUCACGCUGUCGCAGUCCGACCUCUACAACCUCUCUUGCCAACUCCCAGCGUCCUAG